CUGCCUCCACUCCAGACACCAGUGGCAAGUCCCAGGUUGCCACCUUUACGUCUGACCAACUGGCUAUAAAUUGGGGGUUGCUAUGACCUCCUCCUCAGGUUCAACAAUUUGCUACAAUGGCUCAGGAAACACAGGAAAACACUUUUCUUACAUUCACUGGUUUAUUUUAAAGGAUAUAAAUCAGAAACAGCUAAGUAGAAGAGAUGCAUGGGGCAAGACAUGAGAGGAAGGGGCGCUGAGCUUCCAUGUCUCUCCGGGUGCUGUUCUCCUAGCACCUCAACAUGUUCGCUAACUGGGACCUUCUCAGAACCCCGUCAGGUAGCCCUUCCCUUCAAGGAGGUGGGUGGGCAGUGGGCUGAAGUUCCCACCCCUCUAAUGCCUCGUUCUUUCUGCCAGCCAGCUCCCACCCAGAAGCUAUGUAACCCCCACCCCCAGCUGUCUCAGUAUCACCAAAGAGACUCAUCACUGUGGAGAUUCUAAGGGUUUUUGGAGCUGAGUGCCAGGAAUCCAGGACAAAGAAAAGGCAACAGAUGGCUCUCUGCAAAGCGAGGACUGGACACUGAACAUGGAGAUCUGUGACAUCAUCAAUGAGACAGAGGAAGGGCCAAAAGAUGCCAUUCGAGCCCUGAAGAAGCGGCUGAACGGGAAUCGGAACUACAGAGAAGUGAUGCUGGCAUUAACAGUGCUGGAGACGUGUGUGAAGAACUGCGGCCACCGCUUCCACGUCCUCGUGGCCAACCGGGACUUCAUCGACAGCGUUCUGGUCAAAAUCAUCUCUCCCAAGAAUAACCCUCCUACAAUCGUACAGGACAAGGUGCUUGCCUUGAUCCAGGCAUGGGCGGAUGCCUUCCGGAGCAGCCCUGACCUCACCGGCGUCGUGCAUAUAUAUGAGGAGCUAAAGAGGAAAGGGGUUGAGUUUCCUAUGGCAGAUUUGGACGCUCUGUCUCCAAUACACACACCACAACGGAGUGUUCCUGAGGUGGAUCCAGCUGCCACCACGCCCAGGUCCCAGUUGCAGCAGAGGACAAGUGUCGGCUCCUAUUCUUCGCCGCCUCCUGCUCCCUUCUCCGCUCCACAGGCCCCGGCUCUGAAUGUGACUGGCCCCAUCACAGCCAGCUCAGAACAGAUUGCCAGACUGAGGAGCGAACUGGAUAUUGUCCGAGGGAACACAAAAGUAAUGUCUGAGAUGUUAACGGAACUGGUCCCCGGGCAGGAGGAUUCAUCCGAUCUGGAGUUGCUGCAGGAGCUGAACAGGACUUGCCGGGCCAUGCAACAGCGCGUCGUGGAGCUCAUCUCCCGCGUGUGCAAUGAGGAGAUCACAGAGGAGCUGCUACACGUCAACGACGCCCUCAACAAUGUCUUCCUCAGAUACGAGAGGUUCGAGCGAUACAGGUCAGGCCGAUCGGUUCCAAAUGCCAGUAAUGGAGUGCUGAAUGAAGUGACUGAAGACAACUUAAUAGACCUGGGGCCAGGCUCUCCAGCCGUGGUGAGCCCAAUGGUGGGGGGCACGGCACCCCCAUCUUCCCUCUCGUCCCAGCUUGCUGGCUUGGACCUGGGGACAGAGAGUGUCAGCGGCGCCCUCAGCUCACUCCAGCAGUGCGAUCCUCGUGGCACAUUCGCCCAGACAAGAGGGAACUCCUUGGCUGAGCAGCACAAGGCGGUAACCUGCGAGGAUCCCCAGGCUGUCGGAGGACUUGCUUCUGCCCUAGACAGUCGUAAACACAUCUCUGAAGUGAUCCCCGUUGCGCAGCCCUCUGUCAUGGACGACAUUGAGGUGUGGCUCAGGACGGACCUGAAGGGCGAUGACCUGGAGGAGGGCGUCACAAGUGAAGAGUUUGAUAAAUUCCUUGAAGAAAGAGCCAGAGCUGCUGAAAUGGUUCCCAGCCUCCCCUCACCCCCAGCAGAGGCCCCCACCCCAAUCUCAAACCCCUCCGGCCGGAAGAAGCCAGAGCGCUCAGACGAUGCCCUCUUCGCCCUGUGAGCUGUUAUGUGGUUUGGCUCCCCAGAUGGCAAGUCACUUCUCGACUCCACCCCCUCCCUACCAGGCACUGGCCUCUCCUCCCAUCCCCAGCCCCCACUCAGCCCUCAGUCCUCAGUCCUCAGUCCUCAGUCCUGUGCUGCUGUGUCUCCAUGGAAAUGCCACUGUGUCUGUUCCCAGGCCUCCCACUAGUCAGGACAGCUUUGGCCACCUUCUCUCUGGGUGGUGGGACAGUGUCGCUGCAGCCAGAGGCCCCUCACCCUCACCCCGCCCUGCCCACCACAGGCUCCCUCUGCCCAUGUUUCCUCUCAGGAGGAUCGGGCAGUAGGGCCCAGCCUCAGGCAAGGCAGUCCCCUUGGGACCAUUUCCUGAGCAGACACUUGGGUUGUCUCUCUGGUCACCUUCAUCACUCAGCAGGGGAGCCUGGGACCAGAGGGCCCCUCAUGGAACCACACACUGGGGGGGAGAGAGCCAGGGGUGCUGGGAGGGCAGCACGCAGCCAACGGACAGUGGCCACGGGCAUGCUGGCAGCUGCUGCAGACGACACUACCCGAAACCAAGUGGCAGCCCCCACAUGUGCCUCACUUUUCCUCACACAGUGGCCCUCUGUGGAGGGGCCUGCAUGGAGGUGUUGCUCUGGCUUGCUUGGGCAAGCUUGCGGGUUUGGAGCAUGCUAUGCUUGGGGCCAUGGCCUGGCCUAUGGCAGCCUCUGUGCCUCUGACCCCAGGGCCCAGCACAGACAGCUUUUUGGUCUCCCAGACCCCAGUGCCUGAUGGCCAGAGCAACGCUGAGGUCCCUGCACUGCUCCUGGGCAAGGCCUUGACCUUCACAGACUGUUCCGACAUCCUGACCUCCCCCCACCCUAGACCCCCAGGUCACAGAUUUGUAUUCUCCAAGCUAACCAAGAAGGCUGACAGAGCCUGGGGCUGAGCAGCAGAGGGGUGUGGGGUGGAGGGGCAACACCUGCUCCCAUCCUGAGUCCUCUCUGUGUGUCUUCCUGGCUGUGGAGCACGUACUCAGGGCUCAGCCCAAGCCAGGUGCAGCCUCACCCACGCCUGUGCUGCUGUCACCCAGAAAAUGGCUUUGUACCAUCCCUUAUCCCUGGGGCGAGGUCUGUGUCAGCAGGCACUGCCAGGUGUUAGGGUCCACCUUUCCCACCUGCACUGAGUGGAGAGGCUGGGCUGACACAGGUGGAGACUGUGCUGCAGGCUCUAACCAGCCAGGGGCCAUGCUGAGCACCAGCAGGAACAGUUCUGGUGGAGAGCACGGCAUGCACCCUGGAGCCCAUGCCCUGUCUAGCACCACCUCAGCUUCCUCCAGAAAGGAGGCUUUGGGAUCUGGCUGGGGGGGGCCCAUCUGGCAGGACCAGCUGGAGAUGUCAUACUCCAGUUCCUCAGAGGACACCCAGGAAGCUCCUCGGAGCUUGGCCAGACUGAUUCCUGCCCUGCCAUCUCUGGCAGCACAGGCAACGCCUCUGCUCCCCCUGAACAGCCCAGCCAGCACUCACCUCUCUCAACACUUCCUGAGGGCAGAGCCCUUAAGGCUAGCCUGGAUGCUAAGACAGCUGAUGUUUACUGGAUUGACAUGAGCUGCAGAGAAGGUGGCUGGGGUGGCCAUUGUACCCAGCAGCCCCAGCUAGUGUCCCUUGCCCUUUGGUGCAGUCUAAAGGAUUGUCUGUUAAAGCCAGGGGCUCUCAUUUGCCAGUUUGCCAGCCCGUGGUGGUGGGCAGCUGGCCUCGGGUGGCCAACCCUGCAGGAGCACCACGGCUGCUGUCCUGCAUCCUCUGAGGGCAGAGCCAGCCUCCCCAUCCUGUGAGAGGAAGUCCCCACAAGACCAGGGGUCUGAGGGCCUGAAAGGAGAGCAGGUUGCUGGUGGCAAGUGAAGCUGAAGUGCACCUGCCCCAGGGACCCCAGCAAAGCCGCCUCUCAUCCCCAUGGUCCAGAGCUGCCCCCAGCUCCAGCUAGGCAGCAGGUGGUGGUGGAUCCUGCCAGCUGGCAGGAAGGCAUUGGCCAUGCAGAGAAGUAUCACCUGCCUUCCCACCUGGAGCCACCCUCCUGUUCACAGCACGUGCAGAGGCAGCUGCCCCUAGCUUGAGGCUGAGGUGACGCUUGAGGCCUGCACAGGAAGCAAGUAUAGGUCCCGUGCCCUUGAGGGGGUGCAGCUCAGCCCUUCCUGUCCUGAGGCCACAGGCACCCUUCCAUGGCAGCAGAGCCCUGGUAGGAGAGCUGCCCAGAGCCUGCCCCCUGGAGAGGGAGACCCUGGUGAGCCACCAGCCUCACCACAAAGUGUUAGAAAUCAGACAGUAUGUACUUAAUUACACUAAAUUAUUUCUGGGAGUCCUUAUAAGCACUAAUUAUACCUGAUUAUAGGUUAAAAUAUUUAUUUUGUCAAAACAUUUUCUUGGGGGUGUGUAUAACCUUUUCUGUGUUCAUUGCGCUGAGAUGUGAAGAGGAACCAUCCCUCCUGCCUACCUCCUUGGCAGUGGGUGGCAGUGUGGCCAGGGCCCUGCCCCAGAGCAGUUCCUGCUGGGCUCCCCAGGCUCCGAGCAGACGCCAGGUCUUAUCAGCAUGCCUGGGCCAGAGGGAAGGCGGCCCUUCACCUUCCUCUGUGGCAGCGAUGUGCUGCCUGUCCUGGACCUGCCUCUGCUCACUGCCCUUCCCUUCCUCACCCAGGGGUCCAAAGCAAGAGGCCUGGGAGGUGGGGGGCCUGUGCCAUCACUCACCUUCACACCCCCACCCCCAAAGGCUGCACAAGGGUUCUGGGUGGCCCAAUAGGGGCAGGCGCUCGGGCUCCUCCAGCAUCACUAAGGCACCCACACUCCCGUUCCUCCUCUUCCUUCCUGCCAACAUCCCCCAGUUAGCCUCCACACAAACAAUGCUUCUCAGUCCAGCCCAGCCUUCUGGAUGAUUCCAGGGUGCUGUGGGCCAGCUGGGGGAAAGCACUGUGGGGGAGGAGGCUGUGCUCUGUCUGGGCUCAAGCCUGCCCACUGCGAGCCUUGCCACCACCUCCUGUUAGAACUUGGCUUCUCUCCUGUCCACCCAAAUGGGGAACAGCCAGAAGAUACUCCCUCUGGUGCCUGCCUCUCCCUGUGCCCGUCUGCAGCCUUUCUUUCCAUGGAGGUCUAAGCCAGUCUUCCCUGAGUGCCACGCCUGCUCUGAUACUCAGGCGGCGGCAUGUCACUGCUUCUCUCUAUACCGUCAGGCUGUCCUGGAGAAAGGGGAAUGGAUAUUUAUUUCCUAAAGUUUGCAAUUCAUGUGUGAGGGUUCUCAGGAUUACUGGAGACUGUUGAGAAAAGGAGUGUGUUGAGUUUGCUGUCCAGUCGUCCCAGAAGUCUGGUGUCCUGUCAGUGUUGUGCAUUUCUGCAGCAGAGCCGGGUCUGGAGGGCAGGGCAGUGCUCUCAAGGCUCAGGUGUCACCAGCGCAUCCACCCACCCUGGCUCUCCUUCCAGAUAGUGUCUCUCAACUUCGGGUUCUUGCAUGUAAAAUAUUCCACAAUAAACAAGUAAAUGGUUCCCAUAUGA